UCUCACCUGGAGCCUGUGUGUGUUGUUUUAUCCUUUGGCUGGUAACAGUCACCUGGGAAUCAUUCCAGCAGGUGGCCUCCAAAGUCCAACCUGCUAGGUUGAAAUCUGACACUGACAGAGACUUGCUGGGAGCUGCCACGGAAAGGUACACCGGGAACCAGGAAAUGCACAAGCCUCUUUAUGUCGAAAAACAGCUGGGCUCCCUGGGAGACCAAGCGCCAUGGGAAACCGGCUCUGCUGCGGGGGAAGCUGGAGCUGCCCAUCAACUUUCCAGAAGAAAAACAAAACAGAGAGCCAAGCAAGACGCACAUUGAAGCAACAGCUGCAGAAGAAUGGCACAAAGAGACAUGAAACAACAGGACAUAUGUAUGAGCGAGUGUUACAGCAGCCUAUAUCUGAAAAGAGGAAUCAAGACCUCCUAUCAGAAGACAGCAACUUACACUAUGCCGACAUUCAAGUGUGCAGCCAUGUCCAGCCACGAUCCGCCAGUGAGGUGAAGCAUCUGCAUUCAGAAAUCGCAACAGAAUAUGCGACCCUUCGCUUCCCCCAGGCCACACCUCGCUAUGACAGCAAGAAUGGGACCCUGGUGUAAGCCUUGGGGAAGAGGGACCAGCUUUCACCAUUUUACCGCUACCCCUGUAAGGAGAACCUACUGCUCUAAGGAACUGGGUGGCAGCCCAGUUGUCUACGUUUUUUAAGCUUUAAAGAACUCCAGAGUCCCUGAACCUGCGUGUCCCUUGUCUCUCCCUAGGGGAGAUGGCCUCUUAUUUGCCAUU